GGGGUCCCGCCGAGUUGGGGGAGAGGGAAGGGGUAAGGGCUUCCCUCUCCUUGAGGGAAGCGGGGUCCAUUGGGGAGAAGAGGAGCCGCCGAGGGGGGAGGAAUAACUCCCGCGAACUACACUUCCCAGCAUGCCUCAGCCCCAGUUGGCAGCCCAGCACUUGGGGAACGUUGCUUGUUGCGUGGCGACUCCCAGAAUUCCCCCGGGGGGUCACGUUCCCAAACCCUGGGAAGAAAAGCGUCCUGGGGCUCGUGGGGGAUGACUGGGGGCGAGUGCCCUCGCUUUGGGCCGUUCCCCUGGCCUUGGCUUCGGGAAGGCUCUUGGGAAAGCAGCGGGAAAGGAAGAGGGCCCUUGGGAGAAUGGGCCCGGCGGAGAGGGCUCUCCGGACAUGGCCUUAGGAGCUGAACACUCGCAAGGGGGGUGGGCUUGUGGUUGGCUUUUGAUUUUAUACGUCUGAGGUUCUGCCCUUUGGUGAAAAGAGUGUUCUCAUCAUCAUUAUUAAUAUCAGAUUGUUGUUGUUGUUAUUAUUAUUAUUAUUAUUAUUAUGGACCUUUCUCCCCAGUUGCUUUUGGCAAGCCCAGGUUGCUUCCAGGCGACCAGGUGUCCAGCUUUGUGCCUGGGCCAUUCAACUCCAAAGUACAUCCCCAAGCUCAGCUAAGGAUGCCCUGUCGCAGCAAGGGAUGGCCUCAUGGGGGAAGGGUGCUUCAGAGGAGACCAGGCCUAGCCCACUCCCAAGGCCACACGUCCAGCACUUUGGUUUGAGGUUCAUUUGCAUAAAAUGGCAACAAAAGUCCAAAGGGGGAUGGCGACCGAGGUUGCAAGAGAAUGGGCUGGAGCAUCUUUCGAACCCUGUCCCUCAAAUUCCUUUCUGUCCGCAGGUGAGGCCUUGGCGAGAGGAGAUGUGCCGCUGCCUGCCCCGUCCGGCGGCCAGAUGAACCUCGCCUCGAUGGCGGUGGCGGUGGUGGAGCCGGAGCUGAAGUGGCUGUCGCUGUGGCUGCGCGUGCGCUGGGCGGCCGUGCUGGUGGUCCUCUUGGCCGGGCUGCUCAUGCUGCUGCUUCCACUGAACUCUGUGGAAGAGCAGUGCCACGCCAUCUUCAAGGGCUUGGCCUUGCUCAGGAAGAAACUGGGACUGGGCUAUGUGGGGAUCACCAAAUACGGCGGGCAGACGACCGGCCUCAGCGUGACCUCGGGGGGCUUGGAGCUGCUGGUGCUGAAGCCAAAAGCCUCCCCAGAGGUCAGGUUAGAAGCCAAAGCUGCCCUGAACCAGGCCCUGGAGAUGAAAAGGCAAGGCAAACGGGAGAAGGCUCACAAGCUUUUCCUGCACGCCCUCAAGAUGGACCCCGAUUAUGUAGAUGCCUUGACUGAGUUUGGCCUUUUCUCUGAAGAGGAGAAGGACAUCAUUCAGGCUGACUACUUGUACUCCAAAGCCUUGACCAUCUCCCCCCGUAAUGAGAAGGCUCUGAUCAGUCGCGACCGGACGCUGCCCCUUGUCGAAGAGAUUGACCAGAGGUACUUCAGCAUCAUUGAUAGUAAGGUCCAGAAAGUCAUGUCCAUUCCCAAGGGCAACUCUGCCCUGCGGAGGGUAAUGGAGGAGUCCUACUACCACCACAUAUACCACACGGUGGCCAUUGAAGGGAACACUUUGACACUGUCUGAAAUACGACAUAUCAUUGAGACCCGGUAUGCUGUCCCCGGGAAAAGUUUGGUGGAGCAGAACGAGGUCAUUGGCAUGCACGCUGCUAUGAAAUACGUCAACGCUACCUUGGUUUCCCGGAUAGGGUCCGUGACCCUUGGUGACGUCUUAGAAAUCCACCGGAGGGUGCUAGGCUAUGUAGACCCAGUAGAGGCUGGGAGAUUUAGGACUACCCAGGUGUUUGUGGGGCACCAUAUCCCUCCCCACCCCCGGGACGUGGAAAAGCAAGUGCUGGAAUUUGUCCAGUGGAUCAAUUCCGAAGAUGCCAUGAGUCUCCACCCAGUUGAAUUUGCAGCCUUGGCCCAUUACAAACUGGUUUACAUCCACCCCUUUGUGGACGGCAAUGGGAGGACUUCCCGCCUCUUGAUGAACCUCAUCCUCAUGCAGGCAGGCUACCCUCCCAUCACCAUCCGCAAGGAACAGCGGGCGGAGUACUACCACGUCUUGGAGGUGGCAAAUGAAGGGGAUGUCAGGCCGUUCAUCCGUUUUAUUGCCAAAUGUACAGAGACUACUUUAGAUAUGCUGCUCAUUGCGACCACAGAGUACUCGGUGGGCCUUCCUGAAGCGCAUGGAGGCACCACCACAGACUGCAAGCAGACCAUCUCAGUCAAAACCAGAACAUGAAUACCAGUGUGAAAUAAUACACAUGAGGGAAGGAACUCAUUGGCAUUGUCUUCCUGGGCAUCUCCAGGGAACAGAACUAGAGAGGCACUUUCUUUUAAACAUUUCAUUUAUUUAAGUUUUAAGUUAAGUCUUUUCUGCAGUAAUAUCUCAUCCUAUUUAUUAUCCCAUAAUGUCAAGCCAAAUGUAAAUUAUUUGUGGUUUAAGUUUGACUGGUUUCAUUAUGAAAGGGAAGGAGCAGAUUAGGACAGGCAGUGUCAAGGGAUGGAUUCGGUGUUUUUCCACAUGGCCAUUGGCAUGCUGACAGUCAAAUGGAGCAACUUGAGCUGAAGU